AUGGGCUUCGCUCACUACCUCGCCGUCCUCUUCCCGUUAAUAGUAAUUGGUAUCUCUUUCUUGCAACUUGCUUUUUCCAGCAUUGGCCGUCUUCGCAAUGGCAAGAGCAAGGGUUAUAGCUCCAUCUCGGCCGACGAUAACGUGCCCAAUCACACCGAAAUCCCGUCGGACGAACAACCCGACGACAGCGACGACGACUCCGACGACCUUGAGAUCAACGGCGGCCGCUUGGCUCUGGCCAAGGUGACCUCCAGGGGCUCGAUUGUGCAGGCCGACACUCCCACCGGCCAGCGCCUUUCGCAGUUUGUUGAAGAGCUUACCCUUGCUGGGCUGGUCGCGAUCAACGCUUAUGCUCUCGUUACUGGUGCUUUCGGCCCUGGCACCCACCUGGUGGCCAUUGCUGGCUUGACGACGUGGUUGUAUACCUUGAUCCUGGCCACACUGCGAGUCGCCCUGGGCACCUCCAAGUGGCGGAUUCCUCACAUCUGGAACCACACCGCCACCAUCUACGGCUGCAAUUGGGUCCUCACCGUCUUUGUCUUCCGCUCCGCCAUCAUCCACCCUUACUCCAAGCUCUCCCAGAGCCUCAUCUCCGCGGUUUUUGCCCUCAACACUCUGCUAUUCGCCAUUGCUGCCUGCACUAGAAAGGGCAACAAGACGGUUGUGUUGGAGUGGGAAGAUGGGAUCGAGCCCUCUCGCGAACCCCUCGCCAGUCUGUUCUCGAUCGCCAGCUUCGCCUGGGUCGAUGCCAUCGUCUGGCAAGGCUGGAGGAGGCCCCUGGAAUUGGAGGAUGUCUGGAACCUCCUGCCCAAGGACAAGGCCGCCGCCGUUAUUGCCAAUUACAGGCUUGCCAAGAAAACAACUGCCCUUUCGUGGCACUUGCUCAAGUAUUUCCGUGGGCAGCUGUUCAUGCAGUGCUUGCUUGCCGCCAUUGCCGGCGUCUUCACCUUUGCCCCCACCUUGCUCCUCAAGGCCAUCCUGCAGUAUGUGGAACAUCCCGAGUUUGCGCCCGUCAGCGUUCUCUGGCUCUUCGUAAUUGCUCUCCCCGUUCUUGACACCAUCCGUUCGUACUGCGAUGGUAUGGCUCUUUGGAUUGGCCGCAAGAUCUGUAUCAAUGUCCGUGCCAUCAUGGUUGGUGAUAUUUAUGCCAAAGCACUGCGCCGUAAAGCUGCCGCCGGCAAGGACAAGAUUUUACUCGGCGAAAAAGCCAAACCGAACAAUGACCAAGGUGUCGAGUCUAGUGGCAAAGGCCUCGUCGGCAAAAUCAAGCACGCUCUUGGACUUGGCAAGAAGCAGAAGAAUGCCGUCGCUUCGGACGAUGCCGAAGCCGCCAAUGCGUCCUCCAAGCCGAGCGAGGUCAAGAUUGGAGCUGAUGAGCAGGCCAACCUGGGAACUAUCAUCAACCUCAUGUCCGUCGACAGCUUCAAGAUUGCCGAAAUUACCGCCUACCUGCAUUUCUUGUGCGCUUCGGCCCCGACGCAGCUGACCGUCUCCAUCUUCCUGCUAUGGCAGCUCAUGGGUUUGAGCGCCAUUCCGGGUAUCGUCGUCAUGGCCUUCCUCUUGCCCGUCAACUACAUGCUGGCUCGUGGCUUCAACCAGACUUCCAAGAACAUUAUGGCUGCUACUGACAAGCGCAUCAAUGUGACGAGCGAGCUCCUCCAGAACAUUCGCAUCAUCAAAUUCUUCGCCUGGGAACGUCGAUUCGGCAAGAUUGUCGAUGAGAAGCGCCAAGCCGAGCUCAAGGCUCUGCGCUCUCGUUUCCUCCUAUGGGCUCUCGCGGUUGCCAUCUGGAACUCGGUCCCGGUGCUCAUCACCUUCUUCUCUUUCCUGGUCUACACCCUGGUUGAGAAGAAGCCCCUAUAUCCCUCAGUUGCCUUUACGGCUAUUUCGCUCUUCAUGCUUCUUCGCGUUCCUCUCGAUCUCAUUGGUGAUAUGUUUGCUCACGUCCAGGAAGCUAAGGUCUCCAUUGAUCGAGUGGAAGAGUACCUCAUGGAGGAGGAGACGGAGAAGUAUGAGCAGCUCGGCCUGGACAACGUCGACGAAACCGGCAAGAAACGCAUUGGCUUUAGGGAUGCCACCCUGAUCUGGGGUGGAAAGGACAGUGUGGCUGAAGACGGCUCCAAGGCAUUCCGGCUCCUUGAUCUCGACAUUGACUUCAAGAUCGGCAAGCUCAACAUCAUCGCUGGCCCAACCGGUUCUGGCAAGUCGUCCAUGCUCAUGGGGCUUCUCGGCGAGAUGACGCUCGUGGAAGGCAAGGUGUUCUGCCCUGGCGGUCGCAGCCGAGAAGACGUUCGCCCCGAUCCCGAGACCGGACUCGCUGAUACCAUUGCAUAUGUCGCCCAAGCUGCAUGGCUGUUCAACGCCAAUAUCAAGGACAACAUCAUCUUUGCCGCGCCCUACGAUGAACAAAGAUACAACGACGUCAUCGUCGCUUGCGCUCUGCAGCGCGAUCUCGAAAUCCUUGACAACGGAGACGAAACAUUAGUUGGCGAAAAGGGUAUAAGUCUCUCUGGAGGCCAGAAGCAGCGCAUUUCUCUGGCUCGCGCCCUCUAUUCGAAUUCGGCUCACCUCCUCCUCGACGACUGCCUCAGCGCCGUUGACUCACAUACCGCCCAAUGGAUCUUCACCAACUGCAUUAACGGUCCGUUGAUGAAGGGCCGCACCUGCAUCCUCGUUACGCACAAUGUGCAGCUCUGUGUCCCUUCCUCCGACUACGUUGUUCUGCUCGAGAACGGCAGGGUCACCGCCCAGGGGCCCUCACAGGAGGUCAUCGCCUCGGGCAAGCUCGGCGAGGAAAUUCAGCGCUCUCGGCCCGCCUCCCACGUGGCUUCUCGUGUGCCAUCACGCGUACCUUCCAGUGUCGGCGAUGAGGAGACCAUGCUUAACGGCAACGGCGACGCCUCCGGCGCUGCAGACAGCUCCAAGAAGGAUAAGAAGGCAGAAGCAUCCAAGGCCAUUUCGGACGAGACAGUGGCCACGGGAGCCGUCAAAUGGUCGGUUCUAAAGGCCUACCUGUCUUCGAUGGGGCCCUGGUGGUUCUGGAUUGUCGCCUUGAUGGUGUUUGGCAUGCAGCAACUCUCGACUGUUGCCACCAACAUCUGGGUUCGAGAGUGGGCCAAUCAGUACAUCGAAGAAGAGACGGCCAAUGUCUCAUACAGCACCUUUUCUCACGUCUAUGGCGCCGCAUCUUUCCUCAAGGGAUCCUGGGCCUCUCCUCGUCCGACAGCAGUGCCGCAAGUCAACGUCGCCUACUAUCUCGGUGGACUUGCCCUAAUCGGUGUUAUUGGCGCCGUAGCCGCUCUGAUCCGAGACGUCUGGAUCUUCUUUGGCUCUCUGACUGCAUCGAAGAGUAUCCACGACCGAUUCAUCACCUCUGUGACGCGAGCCAAGUUCAAGUUCUUCGACGUGACCCCUCACGGUCGGCUCAUGAACCGCUUCAGCAAGGACCUUGAGGCUGUGGAUCAGGAAAUCGCGCCCACGGCCAUUGGUAUGAUGACUUGCGGUCUCUCCCUCAUUGUGACGAUUGUGCUUAUUGCAAUCAUUACUCCUCGCUUCCUCAUUGCUGCUUUCUUCAUCGCUAUCCUCUUCUAUGUCGUUGCCGCUUUCUAUCUACGCGCCUCUCGCGCCCUGAAGCGCCUGGAGUCGGUCCAGCGCAGCCCGCUCUUCCAGCAGUUCAGCGAGACCCUCAGCGGCAUGACAACGAUUCGAGCGUACGGUGACGAGAGACGCUUCAUUCGCGACAAUCUAGCCAAGAUUAACUUGCAGAGCCGGCCUUUCAUCUAUCUCUGGGCCUGUAACAGAUGGCUCGCGUUUCGAGCUGAUUUACUCGGCAACCUGGUUUCUUUCUUUGCAGGUGUCUUCAUCAUCAAGAACUUGGGCAAGAUUGAUGCCGGUGCGGCAGGUAUUUCCUUGAGCUACGCGUUGAACUUUACAGAGAACGUUCUGUGGCUUGUUCGCCAAUACGGCAUGAACGAGCAAAACAUGAACGCCAUGGAGCGGGUCAAGGAAUAUCUAGAUGUCGAACAAGAGGCCCCAGCUAUCAUUGAGGACUGCCGACCCCCGGAGAACUGGCCUGCCGAGGGCGGUGUCGAGUUUGUCAACUACACUGCUCGGUACCGUGCUGAGCUGGAUCCGGUUCUCAAAGGAAUCUCUCUCAAGAUCAACCCGAGGGAAAAGGUUGGAAUCGUGGGUCGAACUGGCGCAGGCAAAAGUUCUUUGACACUGGCCAUUUUCCGUGCCCUAGAAGCCGAUUCAGGAAGCAUCAUCAUCGACGGCAUUGAUAUCAGCAAGAUUGGUCUUCAGGAUCUCCGAGAGAAUAUCACUAUUGUGCCCCAGGAUCCCACACUCUUCAUGGGUACGAUUCGAACGAACCUUGAUCCGUUCGAUCAGUAUACGGACGAGCAAGUGUUUGAGGCUCUGAGGCGCGUGCGACUUAUUGGAGAGGACGAGGCUGUCAGCCCCACCACCCCUACCGGCCAGAUUACAGCCGAAGGGGAGAGCUCAGGGGUCUCAUCUGGCAGCCGUACCCCUUCAAUCGCCACAAACAAGAAUAUAUUCCUCGAUCUGUCCUCUCCCGUAUCCGAAUCCGGCUCCAAUCUCUCCCAGGGCCAACGACAGCUGCUGUGCUUGGCACGAGCGAUGCUGAAGAAGCCCACCGUCUUGGUCAUGGACGAGGCUACAGCAUCCAUUGAUUACAACACGGACUCGAAGAUUCAGAAGACCAUCCGCGAACUCACCGGGACCGUCAUCACGAUUGCGCAUCGUCUUCAGACCAUCGUGGACUACGACAAGGUGCUCGUGCUGGACAAGGGUGAGGUGGUCGAGUUUGACCACCCAUGGAAGCUGAUCAACAAAAAGGACGGAACAUUCAGAAGCAUGUGCCAGACUAGUGGCGACAUGGACACAUUGCUCUUGGCCGCCAUGAAGAAGUGGGAUUCGGGACGUGAGGAGCGAGAAGCGCAGAGUUAG